AUGACCCUGUCGGGAGGCGGCAGCGCCAUGGCCGGGCAGAGCGCGCUGGCGGCGGAGGACGUGGACAUCGACGUGGUGGGCGAGGGAGACGACGGGCUGGGCAAGGAGAGCGACGGCGAGGCCCGCAGCCCCGGGGCGCCGCCGCCGGACGGGGCGGCGGAGCCGGCGCUGCCCGCCGAGGCGGGAGCCGAGAGCGGCAGCAGCGGCAGCGGCAGCCCGGCCCCGGCGGGCCCCGGCGGAGCGGCCGAGGGCGGCAAGGGGGGCGGCGGCGGCGGCGGCGGCGGCGGCGGCGGCGAGGACGGGGCGAGCGGCGCGGCGGCGGCGGCGGCGGCGGGGCAGAGCAAGCCCAAGAGCAGCCUGGUGAAGCCGCCCUACUCGUACAUCGCGCUCAUCACCAUGGCCAUCCUGCAGAGCCCGCAGAAGAAGCUGACGCUGAGCGGCAUCUGCGAGUUCAUCAGCAACCGCUUCCCCUACUACCGGGAGAAGUUCCCCGCCUGGCAGAACAGCAUCCGCCACAACCUCUCGCUCAACGACUGCUUCGUCAAGAUCCCCCGGGAGCCCGGCAACCCGGGCAAGGGCAACUACUGGACGCUGGACCCGCAGUCCGAGGACAUGUUCGACAACGGCAGCUUCCUCCGCCGGAGGAAGCGCUUCAAGCGGCACCAGCAGGAGCACCUGCGGGACCAGACGGCGCUCAUGAUGCAGGGCUUCGGCGCCUACGGCCUGGCCGGGCCCUACGGCCGCCCCUACGGGCUGCACCCCGGCGCCUACCCGCACCCUGCGGCCGCCGCCGCCGCCCUGCAGUACCCCUACAUCCCGCCCGUCGGGCCCAUGCUGCCGCCCGCCGUGCCGCUGCUGCCGUCCAGCGAGCUGAGCCGCAAAGCCUUCAACUCGCAGCUCGGCCCCAGCCUGCAGCUGCAGCUCGGCAGCCUGGGAGCCGCCGGCUCCAUCGUCAAGUCGGAGCCCAGCAGCCGCCCGUCGUUCAGCAUCGAGAACAUCAUCGGCGGCCCCGCCGCCAGCUCGGCGGCCGGAGCCCAGACUUUCCUGCGGCCGCCCGUCACCGUGCAGUCGGCCCUCGUGGCCCACCAGCCGCUGGCGCUCGCCCGGACCACCGCGGCCAUCGCCCCCAUCCUCAGCGUGCCUACCAACAUCAUCGCCGGCCAGUUCCUGCAGCCCGCCGCCCCGGCCGCCGCCGUGCAGGCCAAGUGGCCGGCGCAGUAG